AUGUCUGAACCCGAAGACGCUUCUCCUCCCGGAGAGCCGGCGGCCAAUCUCGAGAACCCGGCGCCCGUCACAUACAACGACGACGAGGCCGACGUACCCCAGCUCGAGCAGCAGGAGGUGCCGGAAGACGCAAGCUCUCCAAAUCCUGAAGAGAAGGAAAAUCAUGCUACAGAGGCCGAGCAGCUGAGUGAGAAUGCUCAGAAUGGAGACAUUUCCAAAUUCACAUUGGCGGAUGCAAGCUCCAUCGAUGCGAUUCCGCGGAGGGCCGGGAGUCCCAUAGAAUCCGUUACCUCUGCGCCAGGAGAUUCUCCGUCCGUCCAGGGCUCGCAUCUAUCCUCCCCGAGCAGCAGUGUCUUGCCGUCGUUUGCUACCCGCCCCGGCUUUGGCAGCCCCACGCCGUCCUUUCGCCCCUUUGACCGACGCUUCCAAUCCCGGAUAGCAUCCUUCAACACGCUCAGUCCUCGCCCAUCGUCUCCUGCAUACGUACCGAAUCACAGCCGCCAUGCCUCUUACAACUCCAACUUUCCGUCAGAUCAGCCUGAUACGGACACCCCGUCCCCCCCAUGGGAGGUUGUACGGUGGACAAGACUGAAGAAGCUCAACAGCUAUGCGUUCUCGGAAUCAGGGAGGCGUAAUUUCGGAUCUCCUACGUGUCUUGCCGUGUCCGCCUCGAUCAUCUUGGGAACAUCCAAAGGCAUAAUCUUAAUAUUUGAUUAUAAUCAAAAUCUCAAAACCAUCAUUGGCCCUGGAACCAAAGCCAUUGAAUCUGGGCCCAUCACUGCCCUUGCUAUCUCGGCGGAUCAUGCCGUAAUAGCUGGCGGCCAUGCGAGCGGCAACAUCUUCACCUGGGACACAGGACGACCAUCGCGGCCUUUCCUCACAAUUUCACAUCUGGAUGGGGCACAGGUCCAAAACAGGACUGUCGAUGGCCACAUGCCUGAUGCAUCUGUCGUCCAUCUAGGGUUUUUGGGGACACGCCACACGGCUCUUGUGUCCGCGGACAACCAUGGCAUGGCAUUUUCCCAUCUUGCUACUAGGGGUACUGGGCCACUGGGGAGAACGGUCAAGACGACAAGGAUACUGGGCCGGUAUCCCAAUGCGCCCAUGCAACCCGGCAAAACGAUCAAGCCCAGCGCUGUCCUCGCCUUUGCGCCUCUGCCGCUGGGAAACAUUGAGCGAGAGACUGACAAGAUGGGACUGACAGCCAUGCUGACCCCUUAUUUGCUGGUCAUUGUGUCGACGACUCCGGUGGCCCAGACGCAACACAAAUCAGCACGCCCGAAGGAUGUCCCGGCCCAUAGCGCCAUGACAGGCUGUCUGGCGUGGUUUCCCGCUGUGAGCCUCAAGGUUGCGGACGCGCACACCGGUUCGACCAUCUCCAAAGCGAAACUGGCGUACUGUUGGUCUAAUGUGCUGACGGUGCUUGACGUGGACGAGAUCCCCGGAGAUGAUAGUGACCCCCCGUCGCUGAGAUUCAAGGCUCGGAGUAGAUGGAAAUGUGAGGAGGCUAUUGUCGCGGUACAGUGGCUCAGCCGUUCUGUGCUGACGGUAUUGACUAUUUCCCAAAGACUCAUCGUUCUAGAGGACAGAACGAUGCGCAUGACGGAAGCCUUCGACCUCUUGGAGAGAUACAUCUACCACACUGACCUUUUCUCUCAUCAGCUGCAUAGCCUUGUGGAAUAUCUAGACGAGAAUGACGUCUCGAUGCAUGGGGUGGUAGCCGACGCGUUUUACAUGAGCUUCAAGUCAUACAAAGGGAGAAUGUUCCUCUUGGGCUUCAACGAUGUGUCGAUAGGGGCAUUGUCGAAUUGGGCAGAUCGACUGAUCGCCACGAUGGAGCAUGGUGACUACAUAGGGGCCAUCCAGCUGGCUACAUCAUACUACACCGGUGACGCCAAUAAACUGACAGUCGGCCUCCCUGACGACACUGAGCAGAGGCACAACAUGGUUCGCGACAAGAUCAUGGAGAUCACUAGUGCCUCCUUGAAAUACGCUUUUGCGCAAAGACAGAAGAGCAGGGCGUCAGUGGACGAUGACCAUUUGAAGCAGCUUGCCGAAACUUGCUUUGUGGCCUGCCAGACUGUCGGCAACACCGAUUAUCUGUUUGAGGAACUGUAUGAAUGGUACAGCGAGGCCGACGCCGAGGGCAUCUUCCUUGAGACCCUUGAACCUUACAUCCUCGAUCAGAGCAUUCGAAUCGUUCCGCCCACGGUGGUCAAGGAUAUGGUCAGCUACUAUGUCACCAAGGGCUGGGAGAGCAGGCUCGAAGAGCUCAUCUGCCACAUGGAGACGGCUACUCUGGACUUGGAUCAGCUCACAAUCCUCUGCAAGCAGCACAACUUGUAUGAUGCGCUUACCUACGUCUGGAACCAAGCUCUCCAAGACUACAUCACUCCAAUGAUUGACCUGCUCAGUCUCCUGGUUCCGCUGAUGUCCAAUGGAAGCUCCGUUGCUGGUAACACAAGCGACGAUUAUUACGGUGUCAACGCCGUCAAGAUAUUCCCCUACCUCUCCUACAUCCUGACGGGGCGAGUCUACCCGAGUGGCGAAACUCUGGACGAGGAAACGGCCACCAAGGCCAAAGCCGAGAUUUAUUGGUUUUUCUUUUGUGGAAAGACGAUUUCGUGGCCCAAGGGCAGUGGCAGAGCGUUUCUUACCAGGGCUGAUGGAGGACCUGAGCCGGCAUACCCCUAUUUGCGGAUGAUUCUUAAAUUCGAUGCCCCUAGUUUCCUCAGCGCUCUUAACGAAGCUUUUGAAGAUUCAUUUCUGAAUGACUCUUCAGAUAACCGUCCGAAUGGCACUGGCUCUAGAGCGGACACGCCCGAAGAGCAAAUCUUUGGCAUGACUAUCAACCGACAAUACAUUCUGUCCAUCUUGUUGGAUGUGAUGAAUCCGUCAGAAUUCGCACCGGCAGACACAAUCUAUCUCGACAUGUUCAUCGCCCGCAAUCUUCCCAAAUUCCCCCAGUAUCUGCUGUUCCCUGGCUCAACCUUGUCAAACGUCCUCACAGGGCUCUGCAAUUACCCUGGCCCCGAUCUUGCCGAGGAUGCGCAGCUGAGUGCUGAAUACCUGCUGUCCAUCUAUCAUCCAUCGGAUAUGCCUGCGUUGAUGCCGUUGUUCAAGCGAGCAGGUUUCUAUCGGAUUCUGAAACGGAUAUACAAGGCUGAUAAACAGUACGGAAAGCUUGUGGAAACGUUCUUCGAAGACUCGGAAGAUCAGGAUUCGGUGUUUGAAUGUAUUGCAGAGUGCCUGCGACCACAAAGCGGGCUAAAUCGGCGACAGGAACAGGAAGUCUUGGCCGUUAUCGAAAGGCACGCCAGAGACUUGCUUGAGCUGAGUCCUGAACGCACGGCGUCAACUCUCGCUAUACAGAGAACCGAACUGCACCAGCACAUCCUUGGCUCCGCGUAUGAUGCUCCUGAGCUGCAGCAUGCCUACCUGAAGACAUUGCUUGAGCCGGAGGAUCCGUUGGCGGAUGGGCAGCACACACACGACCGCCUUCUCGUUGAGCAAUACGUGCGGCUGAUGUGCAAAUUUGACGCGCAACACGUGUCAAGCUACAUCGGGCUCGUCCAGUCCGUGGAUCUCCGACUGGACAGCUUGCUGCCUACAAUGGAGGAAACAGGCGUGGUGGAUGCCGCUGUCGUACUCAUGGCCAACGCUGGACAAGUCACUGACGCUAUGGAUCGACUGGUCCAGCACCUGGGCACGCUUGAAUCCGCCAUGGACGGCCUCUUGCGCUCAUCUGAUACACACGACGGGGAAGAAGGAGCAGACAGCGCCUCGCUUUCGCUAGAACCAUCAGUUGACGCUCUCCUCGAAAGCCUGCAGAAUUAUGUCCAUGUCGGGAUAUGGCUAUGCCAGGAGCAAACCAAAUCUACAAGGAGAGUUAGCGUGGUGUCAAAGAAUAAGACUUCCCAGGAGAGCCUCUCCACGGAUGAAAGUCUCUGGCUGAGUCUCAUCGGUGCCUGUGUACAGGUCACACAGAAUCUGUCACCACUCCUACACGCGGCGGCGAAGGAGCAUUUGCUUGAUGAAGAGAAGCUUCUAGCGAAGCUGCGAUCGCUUGUGCAGCAUACUUUUACCUCACUUCUUGUCUCCACUUCAAGCCAGGCUUCCGUUCAAGCAAACGGCUCGCUGAGUCCCAAAGCUUUGGCAAGCCCGGGGUCUAAUCUCUCUUUCCUACGGGUACUGAGAGCGUUUCUGACAAACGCAGCGGCGGCGUCACCGAGCUUGGCAGAUCUUCGCCACGUGCUUGCGUCCAUAUUUUCGGCUUAUGCAUACGAGGAGUCGAUUCUUCGUCUGUCGAACCGCCUCCUGGAACGAAGCCUGUUUACAAGCGUCAACGCAUCCGUUGAACUUCGACAACGUGGAUGGAGACCGCGCGGUUCUACAUGCGAGGCCUGUGGCAAAAGGGUCUGGGGCCCAGGCCUUGCCGGCGCUACGGUUUUUGAGGCUUGGGAAGACAAGCAAGCCGCUGAAGAGAUGGCCCGAAAGCAGAGGCAGAUCCAAGCUGCGGAGCGGGCCAAGGGCCAUGCCAGAGUGUCGGAUCGCCGGAGCAAGGGCAAGAGUCUGGAUACGCGGCCAUCGAGCAUGCUGAUUGAGCAACUCGCUGGAAAGUCCAACAAAGACCAGGUUCUGGGGCCGCUGGUCGUACUGGCCUGUCGACACAUUUAUCACCAGACCUGCCUGGAUGCGCUGCAGGAGAAGCAGGAGAACGGCGUCUUGCCUCGAGAACUCGAUUACAAGGACGGAUUCGACGGCGAGUACGUCUCCGACAACCAAUCCUCGGGCUCCUCAGACCAGGAAUCGCCGCCGCUGCCGCUCUCGCAGAACUACUUCGCGCCGCCCUUCUACGGCCGCCCGCCCACGCCUCUGCCCCCGUCUCCGUCCCUGACGUCGCUGCUGCGGCCGUCGCGCCCGACGACGCCCGAUGCCUCGCGCCCCCUCAGCUUCCUCAUCUACCUGCUGUGGAGCUACCUCCCGUCGCCGUUCCUGCACGCGCUGGGCAUCUACUACUACCCGGACCGGUGGUGGGCGCUCGCGGUGCCGGCGUUCCUGGUGAUGACGCUGGUGUACAUUUACGUGGCGCUGGCGGCGUACAACCUGGAGAUCCUGACGGUGCCGCUCAACAGCGUGGAGACGAUUGUGGACGGGGCGGGCAAGCUGGCGGUGAUUGACUCCAAGGGGAGGCUCAAGGGGAGCAGCAAGCGGGAGAAGAAGUGCGACGCCAACGGGAGGCUGAGGUGGAGGGAGAUUUGGAACGAGGGGACGGACGCGGUGCUGGACAUUCCGCUGGCGGGGGUCUGCGAGGUGCUCUACGGGGAGGGGAGGGAGGUGUCUGAUGGGGAGGAGGGGCUUUGA